AGGUUUGCUAAUACUUGCUGGAGAUUGGUUAGUCGUUCACGUUGGGUAAUCAAGGCUAAUGGGAAUAGUGAUCGCAACGUGUUCGACGAAAGUCCUGUGAGGAAAACCGAUGAGUCGUUGUUUGAUUCUGCUUCGUUUGAGACUGUUGACGCGGAAAUCACGCCUGACUGAUGAUUUCUUUGUGAGUGACGCAGAGGGUGAUCCAGAUUGUCCUUCUCAAGGUUAUUCCUCUGUUGAAUAUGCUCUUCAAGCCUUACGCAAAGGAAAGUUUGUGAUCGUUGUUGACGAUGAAAAUGGGGAUGUUGAAGGGAAUCUGAUCAUGGCGGCAACUCUAACGAGUCCAAAAGACAUAGCCUUUCUGAUUAAGAAUGGUUCUGGGAUUGUCUCAGUUGGGAUGAAGAAAGAAGACCUUGAAAGAUUAAGCCUUACACUCAUGUCACCUGAAAUGGAAGACGAAGACUCCUCUGCUCCAACAUUCACGAUCACCGUGGAUGCAAAAUCCGGAACAUCAACUGGAGUAUCAGCUUCAGACAGGGCGAUGACGGUUCUUGCACUUUCGUCUCUGGAAGCUAAACCAGAUGAUUUCAGGAGGCCUGGUCAUGUAUUCCCUCUCAAGUACAGAGAUGGUGGAGUGUUGAGAAGAGCCGGUCACACUGAAGCUUCAGUGGAUCUAAUGAUAUUGGCUGGUUUACGUCCUGUCUCUGUUCUUUCAGCUAUUCUUGAUCAAGAAGAUGGGUCAAUGGCUUCACUACCAUAUAUGAAAAAGCUUGCUACGGAACACGAUAUUCCCAUUGUAUCGUUGACGGAUCUAAUCAGAUAUCGAAGAAAGCGAGACAAGCUUGUGGAGAGAAUCACAGUGUCUCGUUUGCCUACCAAAUGGGGUCUUUUCCAAGCUUAUUGUUAUCGAUCUAAACUCGAUGGAACAGAAAAUAUCGCCCUCGUGAAGGGAAACGUCGGAAAUGGUGAGGACAUUCUGGUACGAGUGCAUUCAGAGUGCUUAACAGGAGACAUUUUUGGCUCAGCACGGUGUGACUGUGGAAACCAAUUGGAUCUAGCCAUGGAGCUAAUCGAGAAAGAGGGAAGAGGAGUCGUUGUGUAUCUUCGUGGCCACGAAGGAAGAGGCAUUGGCCUUGGUCACAAGCUUAGAGCUUAUAACUUGCAGGACGAAGGACACGACACUGUUCAGGCCAAUGUUGAACUUGGCCUAUCCAUUGAUUCUCGUGAAUACGGUAUCGGUGCUCAGAUGCUACGAGACAUAGGAGUGAGAACAAUGAGACUGAUGACGAAUAACCCCGCAAAGUUCACCGGUCUGAAAGGGUACGGACUCGCUGUAGUUGGCCGUGUACCGGUGGUGACACCAAUCACCAAGGAGAACAGAAGAUAUAUGGAGACCAAACGCAAGAAGAUGGGUCACAUUUAUAUCUCUGAUAACAACGAUCAGCCUUUGGCUUGACCCAAAAGCUUUUGAUAGAAACGAACACUUUUGAAUUUUGUAUUUAUAAAUUGAUUCAUUCUUA